AACGUGCCGCGGAACGCGCGCUUCGAGGACGUCCUCUUCCCGCCCGUCGGCGACGACGCGCUCGGCGCGAACAGCGAUUGCGACGACGACGCGCCCCCCCGCGCCGAGUUCGACUGGCGCCAAGCCUACCGCGACUCCUUUCGCAGCGGGUCCGACGACGACGACGACGACGCGGCAGCCGAGCCGCCGGCGACGACGGCCGACGACCUCGCGAUCCUCGGGUUCCCGCCCGACGCGUCGCCGGACGACGCGGAGAUCCGCCGCGCGUACCGGUUGGCCGCGCGCCGCGUCCACCCCGACAAGCGGACCGACAAGGAGGCGGCGACCGCCGAGUUCCGGCGCAUAGCAUCCGCGCGGAGCCGGCUCCUCGGCGAGGAGGACGACGACUAG